AAGUAGAAGGAGCAAAAAUAAUAAUAUUUCGUGGCCAUCUUUACCCGGGUUUGUUGAUUCAAGAUGCCUAUUAAUCAGCCGUCAAAUCAAAUAAAACUCACAAAUGUCUCGCUCGUGCGCAUGAAGAAAGGAAAGAAGCGCUACGAGAUUGCGUGCUACAAGAAUAAGGUGCUAGAAUGGCGCUCUGGCGUAGAAAAGGAUCUUGACAAUGUCCUCCAAAUUCCUACUGUCUUCCUCUCUGUCAGCAAAGGUCAAGCCGCACCGGCGCAGGACUUGCAGAAGUCGUUUCCAAAGUUGACGACCGACGAAAUCAUCCUAGAGAUAUUAAACAAAGGCGAACUUCAAGUUGGUGAAAAGGAACGGCACGCGCAGCUUGAACGACUGCACAAUGAAGUCAUCAAUAUUAUUGCUGGAAAAUUAAUAGAUCCAAAGAGCAAACUCCCUUAUACACCUGGUAUGAUCGACAAAGCCCUGGAUCAACUGAGCGCACAAGCUGCCCACGCGCAGCAGGAUGCCAAGGCCGCAGCCUCGGGAAAUGCGACUCCGGGAGGAAGUGGAGAAGAGGACGUUACCACGCCCAAGCCCAAGAGCAAGGAUAUGCCGACUUGGACAGGCGUGGUCACGACAAAGUCGGCCAAGUCACAGGCACUGGAUGCAAUGAAGGCCCUCAUUGCCCACCAGACAAUUCCUGUGCAGAGAGCCCGCAUGCGGAUUCGGGUAACUUGCUCCACCAGUAUCUUAAAACAGAUGGUGAAGGCGGCGCCAAAGAGCACCGAGGAUGGGGAGGAGAAGGCAAAAGGCACGGUAAAGGACAGAAUUCUCGGCUUCAUCGAACAGAUUGAGACACAGGACGCCCUCGGUGACGAGUGGGAGGCUGUGGGCUUCGUAGACCCAGGUGCUUUCAAAGGCCUGGAACAGUUUAUCGGCAGCGAAACAAGAGGCCAGGGCAGAGUGGAGGUAUUAGAUAUGGCGGUGGUCAAAGAAGAUUAAGAAAACUGGUGUGGCGUUUUGCAUUACCUUAGAAUUUCGGCAUCUAUGAUAUCAAUGAAGCAUAAUCAUCCAUAUAAAAAGCAUUAGUUUACGAAUUUGGGAUCAAUUAUUCGGGAAAAUCAGAUUAUUAUGGG